CCUACCUGGCUUGACCCGGGACACCUGAAGAGGGCGCUGUGACACAGCCCUCGGCGUCGGGGCUUGGGCUGUGCAUGCUCUGAGGCUUUCCUGCCCGGAAUGCGGCUUGGCCUGUGCUUGUCCCGCGGCUCAGCCAGACUCCCCCGCACAGGACCGAGAAACUCACAACAAAGGGUGUUUACGUACAGGGCCCGAGCCCCUCCCCAGGCACCGAGACCCCUCCAGAAGAUCCCGCCACAGCCGCCCUCCCCCUGGGGCUGGCCAGCCAGCCUGGGGCAGGGCACUGACGCUCAGCCUUUCCCGCCCGCACGGUGCUGGCUCCCGGGCCAGGCAGCACCAUGUUGUCCAUGACGUACAGCGAGAGCCUGCGCAGCGUGAGCAGCAGGUGCCACUCGGACUGGGCCCUGCACCCCGUCCGCCAGACGGACACGCUGGAGCUGCAGCGGUUGCGGGAGGUGCGGGCGGCCGCCCAGGCCAGGAACAUGGAGAGCUUCCUCCGCAUGCACGGCCUCUCCCUGGACAGCUGCACCGCCCAGCGCACGGGCAUGAAGUAUCGGAAUCUGGGCAAGUCCGGCCUGCGGGUGUCCUGCCUGGGGCUUGGAACAUGGGUGACCUUUGGAGGCCAGAUCACCGACGAGAUGGCAGAGCAGCUCAUGACCUUGGCCUACGACAAUGGCAUCAACCUCUUCGAUACCGCAGAAGUCUACGCAGCCGGCAAGGCUGAAGUCGUGCUGGGGAACAUCAUCAAGAAGAAAGGCUGGAGACGGUCCAGCCUCGUCAUCACCACCAAGAUCUUCUGGGGCGGGAAAGCCGAGACGGAGAGGGGCCUCUCCAGGAAGCACAUCAUAGAAGGACUGAAGGCAUCGCUGGAACGCCUGCAGCUGGAGUACGUGGACGUGGUGUUUGCCAACCGCCCGGACCCCAACACGCCCAUGGAAGAGACCGUGCGUGCCAUGACCCACGUCAUCAACCAGGGGAUGGCCAUGUACUGGGGCACUUCACGCUGGAGCUCCAUGGAGAUCAUGGAGGCCUACUCCGUGGCCCGACAGUUCAACCUGAUCCCGCCCAUCUGUGAGCAGGCCGAGUACCACAUGUUCCAGCGGGAGAAGGUGGAGGUGCAGCUGCCCGAGCUGUUCCACAAGAUAGGAGUGGGCGCCAUGACCUGGUCCCCUCUGGCCUGUGGCAUCGUGUCCGGGAAGUACGACAGUGGCAUCCCGCCCUACUCGCGAGCCUCCUUGAAGGGCUACCAGUGGCUCAAAGACAAGAUCCUGAGCGAGGAGGGCCGGCGCCAGCAGGCCAAGCUGAAGGAGCUGCAGGCCAUCGCCGAGCGCCUGGGCUGCACCCUCCCCCAGUUGGCCAUCGCCUGGUGCCUGCGGAACGAAGGCGUCAGCUCCGUGCUCCUGGGUGCUUCCAACGCAGAGCAGCUCAUGGAGAACAUUGGCGCCAUACAGGUCCUCCCAAAACUGUCCUCUUCCAUCAUCCACGAGAUCGAUAGUAUUUUGGGCAAUAAACCCUACAGCAAAAAGGACUACAGGUCCUAAGUGGCGCCCGCCCGCCUGCUGGACAGUGUCCGUGCCCCUCCUAGUCUCUGUCCACUCGCUUACGCUGUCCUGAAGCCAAGUGCAGAGUGUGGUUUGCAUCCGGAGAAAACACCACGCCACGUCGUCAUCAGGAACCACUCUCCAGAGUCACCGCAGACACCACCACCGCUCCGCCAGCCCGCGUGGGGCCGGUGCCGGGAGACAGCCGAUCCGCGGGCGUCCAGGGCGCCCACCCACACCUGGCGUCUCUGCUCAUCCUCUGAGAAUAAGCCACCCAGUUCUCUCCCAGCCACAGCCCUCACGGACACGCCCCAAGUCAUGGCCAGGCCAAGACCUGCCGGGGUCCUCGGGGCAGGCAAGGCUGGCCUCUCCUCUGCCGAGAGCCCCCACCUGGAAACAGGGGUCUGGCGCUUCCUGGGGCCGCGUCUGCCAGGGUCCUGGCCGUGGGGGCAGGGCAGGGCCACACAACCCCUCACUUUCCAAGGGCUCCUGGUGCUUUCCGCUGGGCCUGACCUCAGAUUCCCCCCUCCUUCCCUGCCGCUAGCAGCUCCACAUAGAGCCGGCCCUCGGCCCCCACCCCACCCUUGCUGGCAGGGGCCAGGGACCCCAGGGUGAUUGGCUUGCAGCACAGGAACCACAACACGUGUGGGGCUCUGGUUUCCAGCCCAGGGCCACAUCGUCUCUCUCCGUCUCCCCACACACCCACGGAGACCCCGCGUGCUUGGGAGGGUCCUCAGAUCCCUUAGCAGGGCCUGGUGGAGUGGGCCCCCAAAGGCCCUGAGGCCGGGCAGUCUUCGCUGGCCUGAGGCUGCUGACCACAUGGUGGGAAGUGGCAGAAGGCAGGGCCCCCACGCGCACAAGGCCGAGUUGCUCGUGGUUGGCGACCACCCUCCGCACACCCCCUACCCCGGGCUCUACUGUGCGCCGGGGUGCUGGGCGUGGGCUCCAGGGAGGACCUCUCGUAAGGGAGGGGCCCUGGGGUCCUCCAUGCUGCUGUACCCCCAGCAGCAGCCCCACAGUGUAGGGAAAGGCCCAGGGAGUCUCCCUGGAGAGAUGCCGGUGCUGGUCACCCCCUGGACACACCUGCACCCCAGCCUAGACAGGAGCGGGGUGGGGGCAGGAAGGGCAGAGUGUGCACCGGAGCUGGGACGGUGGUGCCAGGAAGCCUGCAGACUUGCCCAGCCCUGAGGUCCCGAGUCGUCCCAGCAUUUGCCGCACCCUAAGCUAGCUGUGCCUCCAGCCCUCACGGCACACCCCCGGGCCAGGCACACCUGCUCCGGCCCUCACGGCACACCCCCAGGCCAGGCACACCUGCUCCUGCCCUCACAGCACACCCCCGGGCCAGGCACACCUGCUGCUGCCCUCACGGCACACCCCGGGCCAGGCACACCUGCUCCUGCUUGGCCCUUAGUAGAAGCUGCUGUUCUGAGAAGGCCCCUCCCUGGGCUUGCUGCCUGGCCCCGGCCCUGACUGGGGCCUGGGAACUUGGCCAUCCGGAAGCCAUAAAGAUGGGGGAGGCAGGGGAAGAGAGGGGUAGGGGGACGUGGCUUCCUCCACUCCUUCCACCUGGGGGCCCAUCCGGGAGCCUGGACCCCUCACCCCUCCCCAUGGACCAGGCCCCGGGUCUCCACCGAGACCUGUGACAAGCAUCGCUGGAAGCCACCUGGGGGUGUGGGGAGGGGCAGCAUCCCUCCCAGUGGAGGCCCAGCCUGUGGUGUGGUGGACAGGCAGGCUCGAAGGGCCACAAGGCCCACCCCCGCUGGCAGGGAGCAUGGCUGGGCCUCCACACUGCCAGCCCCUGGUGCCGCCCAUUGGGAGAUGGACCAGGGAAUGCGGUGGUGCCUGGGUCGAGGCCGGGGCUCCCCCAGGGCCACGCCCAGCAAAGCUGAGUUCCCGUUGGAUGCGUGUGGGCCCCUGGAAAGCCACAGCCAUGGUCUAGGCACCCGGGCAGCCACCAGGCCGGCACUUGCACACGCCUCUCUCUUCCACGUCCUCCAUGGCUGGGGCGCUGCUCCCCCCGACCUCACAGCAGGGUGGCUGGGGAGGGACUGAGUGGGCCCAGGAGGGACCGGACCAAGGACAGAUGAGCCAGAAAGGCAGGAGCCGGCUCCAGUUCUCCAAGGGCCGGACACGGGCCUGGGACGCCAGGUCUCCCCUCACAGCCACCCUGUGGCCCUCACCUCGCAGCCCAGCGUGCCCCGGCCAGUCCCCCUCCAGGGGUGCUCCACGUAGGAGGCGGCCGGGCAGGCGGCGAGGCAGUCUCCCACCCUGCUGCCACGCAGAGCCCCCACCAUUGCUCAUCCCGACCCCUUGGUCAGGUCCAAGGUCCCGAGGAAGGGCGGGCGCCCUCCCCCGUCCUCAUCCAGCCGUGUGACUAAUGUGCUCUCUGCCCCCUUUUUUAACGACUGCGGCCCCCAGCUCACUGCACCCCCACUAGGCAGAGACCUCCAGACGCCUCGAGCUUCCACGCGAGACUCAGACGGAGACGCCGCGCCGCGCCGCGCCGGCGGAAUGACACAAUAAACCCAAGCCCGUUGCUCUCUC